AUGGCUCCGACGAUAAGAACCGUCGCAUGUUACACUACUCACCAAGAGCAUUCUGUCGAUUUCUUUGGAAACGAGUUGCUUGUCACCGUAACGCCGACUGCCUCCGUCAUCAGCCGAUGGAUCAGAAACGUCCACCCCUACAACCGUGGUCAGUACUCCUCUCACCCUCUCGUCGUUGGAGUCGGCGUUCAGUGGACACCGUUUGGUUUUCACUCCAGUCCUCCGCGGGAAACCAAUUACUACGGCGAUCCUUCACCGGGCAGUUACAACGGCGACGCUCCAUGGAAUAGUUGCUACUCCAGUCCUCUACCGGCUAACAACUACGCCGAUCCUUCGCCGCGUGGGGAGUACGUCGAUCCUGAAGCAGACACUGUCCAGUUAUGUGUGGGUCAACGAUGUCUCAUAAUCCAGCUGUCUCAUUGUAACCGCGUCCCCGACGAACUCCGCGGUUUUCUCUCAGAUCCGGAAACGAUUUUCGUCGGCGUCAGGAACUUUCAAGACGCAGGGAAGCUAGCGAGAUCUAGACAUCAGUUGGAGAUUGGUAAACUUUGGGACAUAAGGAAUUUUGUUCAAGAUUCGCAAGGCGGGAACAUGAGGCGUUGUUCGUUUGAAGCGAUUGUCCAGGAAUGUAUGGGUUAUCAUUAUCAAGGGGUGAGGCUAGAUCCGGAGAUCAGCACGAGCGAUUGGAGCGUUUACAACCUUUGCGAUGAACAGAUACUCCAGGCCUCACUAGAUGCUUACGUUUGUGCCGAGCUCGGUGUUUGGAUUCGUCUGUGGGAACUUUGA